GGUAUGGCAGCGUACGUGGCUAUCGGCGUGUACCUCUGCGCUGUCAUAAUCGUUGGUUUCGUCGGCAAUGUUCUUGUCAUCGUCGCCUUCUGCAAAUUCAAGAAGUUGCGGACGGCCAACAACUGCCUGAUCAUGAAUCUCUCGGUGAGCGAUCUGGCAAUGGCUGUGGUCGGCACCCCGAUGUCGUGCUCAAGCAGCUUCGCCGGCCGGUGGCUCUACGGUCAAGGUGGGUGUUCCUACUACGGGUUUAUUAACUAUUAUUGCGGCUGCAUCUCGCUCAACACCUUCGCGGCGAUAUCCGUGUAUCGGUAUAUAGUGAUUAUGAGGUAUGGACCCAAUAGACGCUUCACGGUGACAAUGAUUCUGAAAGUUAUCGCGGCGGUUCAUGUGAUCACACUAAUCUGCACCACCCCUCCCUUGUACGGCUGGAACGAGUUCAUCUUGGAGGGAUUCAAGACUCAAUGUGACAUCAACUACCGCGACAAGUCGCCUCUCUUCGUGUCUUACAUAGCCUUCAUGUUCCUGGCUCUGUUCUUCGCACCUCUCGGCAUCAUCGUGAACUGUUACUGGCGGAUCUUCACUUUCCUCCACCGGCGGACCCAGGAGCACAUCUCCCAGUCCGUGUCCCUCCAGCUCCGGAACUCGGCCCGCACCAUGGAGAAACGGACCACCAUCAUGAUGCUGGUCUGCCUGAGUUUCUUCCUCCUAGCCUGGACUCCAUACUGCUUCGUGUCCCUCUGGAGUCUCUUUGGGGACCAUCGAGACAUAACUCCUCCAGUGUCGGCCGCCCCGGCUCUGGUCGCCAAGUCAUGCAUCGUGUUCAAUCCCAUUAUCUACGGGGUGAUGAGUCCUCAGUACAGGCGAUCCUUUCAGGAUACGUGUGGCAAGUGGCGUCUGCUUUGCAAGCAGACUGGCUCGCCGUCCGUAGUCACUAUCGGAUCGCGGGGCGGGAACCAGGCCCGCGAUAACGUAAUUAUGCCUAAUUGUCCGACAGCCAGUAAAAAUAAUUUGUAA